AUGCUUGGAAUUCAAAUGUCGGAAUCCAUAUUCAAAUUCCUAGUUGACCUUUCUUCUUUCCUAGGGGCAUUGUCAUUGGGAUGCUGGGUUGUUUUGUUAAUUCCUCAGUUAUUGGAAAAUUACAAAAACCAAUCCAGCGAUAGCAUCUCUCCACUCUUCCUCAUCAUGUGGUUAGUGGGUGAUAUAUUUAACAUUUUCGGUUCUAUUUGGGGAAAUGUUUCUUCGACUGUUUUAGUGCUUGCAGUUUAUUAUAUUGGAGCCGAUUUUUUUCUACUCUUGCAGGUGUAUUACUACCGCUGGAAAGCGUUUCGCAAAUCUAAACAAGAGCAUGAACCCUUGUUGCAAAGCCGUUCACUAGAAGAAGGUCUUCACGAACCAUUAGAUAAGAACUUGAUCUGGUGGGAUCGUCUCUCCUUUCGUGGUCAAUUCGGCUUCAUGGCUUGUGUUGUACUUAUAACCACGUUUAUUGGAAACGUUUUAAUAAGUAAUGCUUCUUCUGAUAAACCUGAUGAUCAGGUGAAUAAGUGGCCCUUUAUUGCCGGCUGUACAAGUUCGAUUUUAUACUUCUUUGCGAGAUUUCCUCAAAUCAUUAAGAAUUAUAAGUCUAAAUCCACCGAUGGACUUUCUAUUAUUUUCUUUAUUCUUUCCAUGCUAGGAAAUACAGCUUAUACAUUGAGUAUCUUGGUGUAUCCGGCUUUCGACUAUACGAAAUACUUCAGAACAAACAUCCCAUGGAUAUUUGGUGCUUUCAGUACCAUUUUCUUGGACAUCUUCAUUUUCUACCAGUUCUUACUUUACCGUCAUCACUCACAUUUUUAA